AACAAAAUAAGAAUACGAAAACAGGCGGGUACACAUCGAGUGUGUCACCCAAGUCAAUCGAUCAUUCUUGACUCUUCUAACUUAAUUACCUUUCGUACAACUCCCAAAGCUCUUCGUACAACUCGUCAUGUCCACGACGACGGAGAACACAAACGGAACUUCGCCACAACCACCACCACCGCCACCGAUGUCCACACCAACGCCGGUAGAGUUCACCGGAAAACCACAGCCGCUCAUCCACACAGCACUCGCAAUGAUAGCUUGGCUCGGCUCGAUUCAUCUCAACGUGUUCAUCGUUCUCGCUUCGUUUUUCCUUCUUCCGAUUCACAAAUUCUUCGUUGUGAUUGGAAUGCUUGUGAUCUUAAUUGUGAUUCCGAUUAAUGAGAGGAGUAGAUGGGGAAGAGGUUUAGGCAGAUACAUAUGCAAGCAUGCUGUCGGUUUUUUUCCGGUUACGCUGUAUGUGGAGGAUUAUAAAGCUUUUGUUCCUGAUCAGGCCUAUGUUUUUGGGUAUGAGCCUCAUUCGGUCUGGCCGAUUGGAGUUGUCGCACUGGCAGAUCUUACGGGAUUCAUGCCUCUUCCUAAAAUAAAGGUCCUUGCCAGUACCGCGGUGUUCUAUACACCGUUUCUGAGGCAUAUAUGGACAUGGCUUGGACUAACGGCUGCAACCAGGAAAAACUUCUCCUCUCUCCUAAAAGCUGGUUAUAGCUGCAUAGUCAUACCAGGUGGCGUUCAGGAGACGUUUUACAUGGAUCAUGAUUCUGAGAUCGCCUUUCUGAGAACAAGAAAAGGAUUUGUACGCCUUGCAAUGGAGACUAAUUCCCCCUUGGUUCCAGUUUUUGGUUUCGGUCAGUCCUAUGUUUACAAGUGGUGGAAGCCACGCGGGAAAUUGUUCCUGAAAUUGUCUCGGGCUAUAAGGUUCACUCCGGUUUUCUUCUGGGGUAUACUCGGGUCUCCUAUACCCUUCCGGCAACCAAUGCAUGUGGUGGUUGGUAGACCGAUACAUUUCAAGAAAAAUACAACGCCCACCAUGGAAGAGGUUUCAGAAGUACACCGGCAGUUUGUGGAUGCGGUUGAAGAUCUAUUCGAGAGGCAUAAAGCGAGAGCCGGUUAUCCUAAUCUUCAGUUAAGAAUUAUGUGAACAAAUGGCACACUAUCGACAGCAGUACACGGAUGUCCUUAAAAAGUAUGAAACUUGGUUCGGUUUGUACAAACUUAGAAGAUUUAUCAUAUUCUGUCGAUAUUUAAGCAUCGCUUCAUCUUACAUGGUUUACUUCUUCACUCACUAACUUUCAAAAAGUUUUUCAAUUCAAACAUUUAACAUUUCGCAUGGUCGUACGGAUGCCAUGUAAACUUGUACACAGAUCUACAACAACUAUACAAGCAUAUUUUUUCUUCA